CAACGUCAGCCGGACUGACUCCCUGCGUCCGCCAGUCCCGCCACGGAUUCAUUUGGGAUCCUCAAACAGAGGAGCCCGUAGAGACGAAGGAUCAAGGCAGCCGUUUAGAGCCAAUUGCCUUCUUCGGGGACUGCCAGCCCUUCCAGGCCUGGCGACGGGGGAGGGAGGGAAAAGACAGCCGGGCGCCGCUGCGGGAAGACGCUGAAGCAAGAGCGACACUCGCCCCCCGCCCCCACCUUGCAGCGCAGGCUUUGAAAGCUUCUCCCCCCAUCUGAAUGGAAACUCGGAACCGCCAGGCGGCAGGUUCCUUCUCGCCCAGCCUUGCAAUCCAUGCCGAGGGGAAGGCGGUGCGAGCCCGCGCCAGCGCCCAGUUCCCGGGACAGGGCCGGUAAUGCUAAGCAGAACUUAACCGAGCCUCUUCCUCGCUGCUAGUGGAAGCGAUGCUGCACGGCACAGCCAGCGCUUCCCCGGCUCUCCUUCAAGCUGAAGGUUACCCACCCGCGCAGCCAGCCCUAACCCUGUGAGCGUCCGGCCUCGGGUCCCAGCUCCGGCUGCUUGGCGUCGGCACGCAGGGCAACUACUGGGCCGCCCGCGCUGGGGCGCACUGCACCAGAGGCUUCGGCUUGGUGGAUGUGUAUGCAUGAGUUCUGCACCGAAUGGGCGCAAAAAGCGCCCCAGCCGGUCCACCCGCUCCUCAAUCUUCCAGAUCAGCAAACCCCCGCUGCAGAGCGGCGACUGGGAGCGCAGGGGCAGCGGCUCCGAGAGCGCCCACAAAACCCAGCGAGCCCUGGACGACUGCAAGAUGCUGGUCCAAGAGUUCAACACACAAGUGGCCCUGUACCGAGAGUUGGUCAUUUCUAUUGGGGACGUCUCUGUCAGCUGCCCCUCACUCCGGGCAGAAAUGCACAAGACAAGAACCAAAGGCUGUGAAAUGGCCCGUCAGGCACACCAAAAACUUGCUGCCAUCUCAGGCCCGGAAGAUGGGGAGAUCCACCCAGAAAUCUGCCGGCUUUACAUCCAACUGCAGUGUUGCUUAGAAAUGUACACAACAGAAAUGCUAAAAUCCAUAUGUCUGCUGGGGUCUCUUCAGUUUCAUCGAAAAGGAAAGGAGCCCGGCGGGGGAACCAAAAAUUUGGAUUGCAAAAUCGAGGAGAGUGCUGAGACACCUGCUCUAGAGGACUCUUCCUCAUCCCCUGUGGACAUUCAGCAACAUUCCCGGCAGGUUUCCGCGGACAUUGAGAACACUGAAAGAGACAUGCGAGAAAUGAAAAACCUUUUAAGCAAACUCAGGGAAACUAUGCCUUUACCAUUGAAAAAUCAAGAUGACAGCAGCCUUCUAAAUCUAACUCCCUACCCCCUGGUUAGAAGACGGAAGAGAAGGUUCUUUGGGCUGUGUUGUCUCGUCUCGAGCUAGAUGAUUCCUCCUGGAAAUUCGCCAUUGGGAAGACCUGAAAAUAUCAUAGAAUCUGAAGACCUCUGGACAUCUGAACAACAGUUAUUGGUUUUUGACUAUGUUUUCUAUACUUCCUCAUUACUUUUAUCCACCUCCCCCUGGCCUUUUAAAUGAUUUUACAUUUGAAAGCAGCUGCUGUCAAAAAAAAGAAAAAAAAGUUUAAAAAGCAGGCUGUUUUUAAAAACAUUUUUAAAGCUGACAUUGUGCAUGUCCGCUCCAAACCAAACCAUGACAGAUGCAAGAAUUAUGAUUUUUAAAUUAUUUAAAGGUUUUUUUAAUUAUAUUUUACAGAGAAAAAUUAUUUCAUGUACAAUAGUAUAUCUACAGCUCUUGCUGAUCUCAUGUUAACAAUUUAUCAUAGAUAAAAGAGUCUUUAAACAUAGAAAUCUACUUAAUACUGCAAAACUGUGUUCAAAAAUCUAAUCAGUAUUAUUAGAAAUGAUAUUAUAAUCAAACAUAUGCCACCUCACCUGUUGCUUUCUCUGCACUCAGUUACGUUUAGUCUUCCAUUCUGUCAGAAUCUAAGAGCUUCGACAUAAAAAUGUCUUAAUUUGUAAUGCAACAAAAACCAUAUAUGGAAAGUAUUGAAAUUUUGUAAAUACACGAUAAUCCUAAUACCUUCGUACAAUGCAUAUGGGCAACUAAUUUCCUUUUGAUCCAAUGGUGUCUUUUUCAGCUUCUUGGAGAAUGAAGUAAUCCAGUUAGAAAAUGGUGUGGUAACAUAUACAAUUACCCUCCAAUGUAAAAUUGAAUACUAUCACAUUCUGUUCUAAUUUAAACCUGAAGCAUGGUGUCUGCACAUCGGCAUAGUGUUAAAUCUUAUAGGGCAUGCUGGAAUUAGCCCAGAUAGUAAAAAUAUUUAACCUUUUACAUUACUAAAAUCUUUUUAGUUAAGCUAAGCUUUUCUCCUUUAGAUGACUAUGGAGAUAUGACUUCUCCAGUGUGUACUUGGUGUCUUGUCUUAUGCUUAGAAUCUUGAAAGCAAGACACAAUAAGCAAUACUGUAUUUUAGAAAAGGAGGAAGCCACGGGCUUUGCUUUUCUGUUCACAGCUUUGUUGUGAUCUUCCUCCACUAAACAUGUAACAUGGUACAAAUUUUGUUAUAUUUUCCCCUGUUGUUCCUUUGGCCCGUUUCCCAGACAGAAUUUCCCAUGGGUUGAGAGAUCAGGCCUUUGGACUUUUCUUGCUUUUUCCGAAAGAUCCUAAAGCCAGACAAGAGACACCAGUGUCUAGUACAAUAAAAGGAUGAGCUAGAUGUCUGUAAGUGGUUUAUCCAAGACACAUCUUUAAUCCCAACCCUAUACUUUCCCAGUACUUAUGUGUACAUUCAUUUAUACGCCCACCAAUAUUCUGACCUAAAAACCAAAUAUAUUAAAGUGUCUAACUUUCAUGAAGAUGAAGAGAGGUACAGAUGAACUACUGGAAAAAUUACUGUACUAGGCUGAAUUAUAUGAAAUUGCUGAUAUUGGACUGUUUUGACCCACAAAAGUGGCAGUUUCAUAUAACUCAACCUAGUAUCUGUUGUGAAAAUCAUACUUGGAAUUGUCUUCUAGCUUUUGUGAUUGAAAGGAAAAUGAUUAAAGUGCUAGAGGAGAUCUCAAAAGGCUCUGCAGGUCUCUAUUUAGAUUAUGCCAG